AUGGAUUCGACUCCUCACUUUAGUCCGUACCGCGCCGAUGGCAAGCUUUAUGGCUUCGUCUGUGUCGUGACUGGCGCUGCCCAUCCCGUUGGUCGGGCCAUUGUUGAAGAACUGGCAGCAUGCGACAAGACGACCAGCGACGAAACGUUCCACACCCUCGUCGCCAACGUGCACCGGGACCACCCCAACACCAAGGUCAUUCCUUACCCCUUCAACGUGGCCAAGGAAGAAGAGACGCUGGUCCUUAUUGACGAGGUGCUCAACGCAUUCGGGCGCCUCGAUAUUUGGGUGUCAUCAACCGGCCUGCUCGGCCCACCAUCCAUUGCCGAGACGACGCCGGCGGACCUGCAGCGGUGCUUCGAGGGGCAUUCGAUGGCGCCCUUCUUCGCACUCAAGUACGCACCCCCGGCCAUGGCCAAGCUAACGGAGAAACAGUCGUACCCGAACGCGGCGCCCAAGACGCAGAAGUACGGCAGCAUUAUCGUCAUCAGUAGUGCGGCGUCGUGGGGGCCGAGUUACACCAUGUCCGCCUACGCGGCACUCGGUGUCGUGAAGGCGGGCGUCGCAGUUCUCAGGGACACCGGGGUGAGGAUCAACUGCAUCUCGCCAGGGCAAAUCGAUGUUGGGCUCGAUUUGAACGGGGCCAAUGUGAAGGGCGUGAACUCCCAGCUUCCCACUGCAGGGUCGCAAGGCAAUGAAUCGGCCGAGGCCAUCAUCGGUCUCGGGCGACCAGGAAGCCCUCAAGAGGUAGCCCGCGUGGCCGGUUUCCUCGCCUCGGGCUUCAGCUCCUAUAUCACGGGGGCGAACAUGGUCGUCGACGGCGGCUCAUCUGCCAUGAACCCGCUCACGGUACCCCUCGGCAAGGCGUAG